AUGUGGCUGCGGAAAGCGGGAAACUCCAUUUUGAAGGCUCAUCGCAAUCGACUUGUCCACUUCAAGAGAUCGUCACAGGCUACUUCAUACUGCGGACGCCAUACUCCGGACUCCAUCAAGAGGCGCAGUUCUACAUUGGCAAUUCCGGUAGUGAUUGGCGGUCUAAGUCGCAAGCAACGCUACAAGGAGGGAAACCACCUGUCAGCGCCAGCUUCCACCCUUAGUACCCCCGUAGAAGGCGUCAGUCUAAGCCUUAAGGGGCUGCAGCGCUCCAGGCGCGUUUUCUGCGCCAACGCCUCCGUUCCCGCCUCGCCAGUAAUCAACAUGGAGCAACAACCCCCCGGGUUCAGCCCUGGCCUAUAG